AUGCGUAUUAUUGAGACGAUGGCAGCCUUUGCCACUUUUGCAAUUGGCUUCCAAAACUCGUUGGUAGUCGCACAAUGCUCAAGAACUACAGUUAGAAAAGAGCUUUAUGACAUGAAUGAAAGAGAUUGGACCAUUUACACCGAGACUAUUCGUAAAGCUACUAUGAUGCCAGAUCCAAACGGUAGUGGGUAUAGUAUUUGGGAAGCAGGUGCACAACUUCAUAAUCGUGUUGCUAGCAUGAUUCAUGGAAACUGCCAAUUUUUGUUUUGGCAUCGAAUGUUCAUGUCAUGGACCGAAAGAAGGUUGCAAGCCAUCAAUCCCGAGUUUUCUUUCUUUUACUGGGAUUCUGCCAGUGAAUGGUCAGCUCCCACAAACUCUAUUAUUUGGAAAUACUUGGGCAGAUCUGGCCGACCUGUUCGUGAUGGUUUUCUAAGCGAUGUCUCGUUUAGGUCUACCAACGGACCACUCAUUCGUAAUUUCCAAUUCCCCAAUCUCGGUGGUAUUCUGCCAUCAACUGACACCUACUCACAGAUGUACACCGAUUCCAUUGCUAACGGUGGAUUUGCAUUUUAUGCUCCACGACUUGAGCUCUAUCAUGGCCAAGUUCAUGUUUUGAUUGGUGGUGGUCCUAUGGAGGAUGGUCAAAUGCAGUCCAUGUUGAGUCCUCUUGAUCCCUUCUUCUUUGCCCAUCAUGGACACAUUGAUUGGAUGUGGUUCAAUGCUCAGGCAGGAUGGGCCAACUAUCGCCCCGAUAGUGCAUAUCAGAUUGGAGGUCUUGAUCAUAUGAAUAUGACCUGCAGCUUAAACAGCCCACUUUCUGGUUUCCAAGGUGUUUUGGCUGAUGUGCUCGAUCUGCGAAGUCUCUGCGUUCAGUACUCUAAUCCUCGUGCAGGAGGCAAUCGUCCUCCACCUCAGCCUGGAUUCUCUCAACCUCUUCCUAAUGAUCCCAUGCAGUCCGGAGGUGGAUUUAAUACAGGUUUUUCUGCUCCUCCUGGUGGAUUUAAUACAGGUCUUUCUGUUCCUCCUGGUGGUAACAUGGGGUCAGGAGCAUUCCAACAAUUUGUCCAGCCUUUCCAACCUCCUGCCGGAUACACUCCCAUGAAUCAAUGUCCACAAAAUCUACCUGCGCAAUGGCUGUCCAUGAAUUUCCGAAACCCAAACGCCAUCACAUUAUGUGAGAGCAUCAGAGUAAGAUGCGAAGAAUUGAGAAUCCAAAUUGCCUCUGGUCGUCAGGUAAAUCCCUUUCAAGUUCUUAUAGAUGCACCAGGCCGACCUCUUAUCAGUCAAGUCGUUCCAUUCUCUGCUUCUGGAGCACAACCCAUGAAUGUACCACUUGUCCCCACCAUUGAUCAAUCAUACUAUCCACAUGGUGGAUCAAUCAUUACAUCCAAGGCAACUUCCAGGCUGGGCGAAUAUGGCAUUGACCAUAUCAUUUUAAUAUUCUCCUCCAUUUUGGCCGUGACUGGAUUCAUCACAUUAUAA